UCACCCUGCACGGCCAAGAAUACUGAUACAAAUUCAUAAUUUUUGGGUGCUUCUUUUACUUUUUAAUCUCCACUGUUCAUCGCUUUCCCCGAGAAGAAAAACCUUAGACACUAUUCUUUGCAUCUCUUUUUAUUUUCGGUCUUAGCCGAAAUCUGUUUAAUCUCGCCAAGUAUAUCUGAAGCCUAAAAGUCCCCGUUCACUGCCCCACAAAGCAACAUUCUCAAGUUCUUUUUCUUGAAGAGAAUCAAAUUGUUGAAAUGAGAAAAGACAAGGCAGCUGUUGCAAGGUCAAGUAAAAUCAAAUUUGCUGACUCUGAUGAACAUGAAUCCUCGUCCGAAUAUGAGGAGGAAAAGGAGUUAGAGGAGGAGCUUGCUGAUGUGACUUUUGAGGAAUUGCAGAGAGCACGAUCCGAUGGGUCAGAUACAGUGUAUAGGAAGUUCAAUUUGGAAGGAAAAACUGGCCGAGCAAACAAGAAUAGGCCAGUAGAGAUGAGUAGCAAGAAGCCAGUGAGCAGAUUUAGGGAAAUCAUCCAAGUUCCUAAAAAAGUUACUCGUGAUCCUCGCUUUGAGUCUUUAUGCGGUCAGCUCAAUGAAGAAGGGUUCAAGAAGAGAUAUAAUUUUCUUUAUGAGGAUGAUCUUCCAGCAGAAAAAGAGGAUCUGAAGAAACAGAUGAAGAAAUCAAAUGAUCCAGAAGAGGUUAUUGAACUGAAAAAUCGCAUUGCUUGGAUUGACAAACAAUUGAAAUCAGCAGGAGUGAAGCACACUGAGAGAGAGAUUCUUUCUGAGCACAAGAAGAAAGAGAGAGAAGCUGCUAAGCAAGGGAAACAACCUUAUUACCUCAAAAAAUCUGAAAUUCGGAAGCGCAAACUUGUUGAGAAAUAUAAAGAACUCAAGGCAUCUGGCAAACUGGAAGCAUACAUUGAGAAGAAAAGGCGCAAGAAUGCUUCAAAAGACCACAGAUACUUGCCAUAUCGUCGUCCUGGCGAGCCAGAGAACUAGUGAAAUAACAGGCUUGCAUGCUGUAGCAAAAUUUGUUUACUUGGGUUUCUUCUCACAAGUAUGUAGAGCCUUUGCUUGAUAGGCAUGACCAUGGGCCCUCUCAUUCAAGAUACAGAGAUACUGGGGAGAGGCUGCUUUGUUACUUCAAUUCUUGUUAGGGUGCAGCCAGCUACGGCCUAUAUAUGCCUUUGGUAUAACUACCUUGGUGCUAUACGAGAGGUAUUGAGAGCCUGGACCGAAAUCAUUAAUUUAUUGUGGAGGAUUUUUCUCCUCAAUAUUAGCGUCCCUGAUGGUGCAGUUGGCAGUUCUUUUUUAGGUUGGAUAUUCUGAAUUUGAGUAGCACUGGCAACAACAGUGCUCUCUGUAAUUGAAGAUGAAGUAGCAAAUUUAUCUCCUUGACUUGGCUCUUUUCAUAUUUUGUUAUCUGGAUUCAAUUUCAUAUUGCAUUAGUAUUGGUUGCUUGUAGUUGUC